AUGGCGCGAGCACAUGACGAGGUGGUGACUUUGAGAAGAGGAGGACACAGUAUCAUUGUUACAGGACAAUGCGGUACUGGAAAAACGCAUCUUUUGAAGAGAAUCAUUAAAGACCAGCUUUUUGACAAGAAGGUUGCUCUGACUGCUACAACUGGGAUGGCCGGCUUCCAGUUAGGUGCAAAUGCAACAACACUCCAUCACUGGUCUGGAAUUAUGGAUGGGAGAUACAGCCAUGAAACGUCACAAGAACUUUUUGACAAUGAUGACAGAUAUGCUGAUGCCAAAGGGAGAAUACUCGCCACAGAGGUUUUGAUCAUAGAUGAGAUUAGUAUGCUGUCAGCGAAAGUGUUCCAGAUGGUCGAGUUUGUGUGCCGACAUGUGAAACAGACAGAUCAUGUUUUUGGUGGUAUUCAGGUUAUGCGACAACACGAGGAUGAUUUAAUAGCAGCAGUGAACGAGCUGUGUAAUGGAGCACCUUCGCAGCAGACAUUACAGUUGAUGAAAACUCUUGACAGGCAAAUACAAAACAUAAAUGAAGGUGACGAAGUGAUUCGACUAUAUGGAACCAAUUUUGAUGCUAGCUAUGUCAAUCACGAGAUGCUAGAUCAGAUGGAAGGAGAAUCACAGGUGUACAAGGCCCAAGAUGAAUUGCAUAGGGCUCAGGGACAGACCAUCAGGAAUGUUGAGGUCGAUUGCUUUGCAUUCUUUGCACCAGGACAAAUGGGAGUGGCCAUAGGCAGAGCUGAGAAUCUCAGAAAGUUAUGGAAGAACAAGAAGAAAAAAUUGAACAUCAAGGCCAAAAUCAGAUACAUAGCUGGUGCAUGUGUCCACAAAAUCGCGAAACGAUUGCAAGAAUCAGUUUCCAGAAAGUUAAGUCAGAGUAGCAAACAGAGCAAAAUGGUGCGACGGCUUGACUACAAGAAGCAGAUUAUGUUGAAACAAUUCCGUAUCAGUGAAGACCAAAUUCAAGACACUGAAGAGAGUAUGAUGGAAAUUGACUUCAAGCAAGGAACUUCCAGGGGACUACAUAUUGUCAACGAAGAGGUUUUUGGAUUUUUCUUAGUGUUAAAUGAGGUUGUUCAGGCACAGCUGACAAAUGAACAUUUCCAUUUACACUAUCACAACAUCCACAUGAUGUGCAGAUCUGCAGUUGACGAAAACGGUAUACUUCUCGAAAAAUGGAUUGACUUAUUUGGCUCCAUUGAUGAUAAUGAAAUUGAGGAUGAAGUUUUGUUAACACUUGUCAUGGAUUUGUACAAAGAUGUAACAGAACACUUUCUCAAGAUUUCAAUUUCACAAUCCCUUAAAUUUGUUAAAACAACUGUCCCAAGAAAAAAGAAACAGGCACUGCGUGCAAAAGUAACUGCUUCGGGAGAAAAACAGGGAAAGAAGCCAAAAAUUACAAAAGAAACAGUUGAAGAUGUGGACAUUUGCUGUGUUUGUAAUAGUAACUGUGAAUGGGAAACGGACAGUAUUGGAGAUGAGAGCAUUGCAUGUGACACAUGCAAUUGCUGGUUCCAUUACAAGUGUGUGAAUCUUAAAGGAAAUGAAGCAUUCUUGAAAAAGGACAAUGCCAAAUGGUACUGCCAUAAUUGCAGCAAGAAAGGCAAAGGAAAAGGCAAAGGAAAAGGACGGGGGAAGGGAAAGGCGACAUAA